CUGGUGCGUCUGGGCGUUUUGAGUGUGCCUCCCUGGCAGCGCUGGCUGCCUGAGGCAGGAAGGGCUGCUACGGGGAGAUGCUGCACCCUGCACCGCGCUGGGCUCCGAGGCUUCAGGGCGCGAAGAGCUAAGUCCACCCGGAAUGCAGCGCCGCUGGGGAACCAGGCGUCCCCACCCACUGGGCUCCGCUCCGCGGUCAUUCCUCCUGCCGGUUGGGACAGUUGGAAGUCGUUGCAGAAAAUGUUGCAAUUAAAUCUCUCACCCACCUUUUCUAUGGGAUUUCAUCUGUUAGCCAUUGUGGCUCUCUUAUUUUCCCACGUGGACCAUACAAGUGCUGAGAGCGAAAUGGAAGGAGAAGGAAAUGACACUGGUGAAUGUACCGGCUCAUAUUACUGUAAGAAAGGGGUGAUUUUACCCAUUUGGGAGCCCCAAGACCCUUCCUUUGGGGACAAAAUUGCUAGAGCUACUGUGUAUUUUGUGGCCAUGGUCUACAUGUUUCUUGGAGUAUCUAUCAUUGCUGACCGGUUCAUGUCCUCUAUAGAAGUCAUUACAUCUCAAGAAAAAGAAAUAACCAUAAAGAAACCCAAUGGAGAGACCACCAAGACGACCGUAAGGAUCUGGAAUGAGACAGUUUCUAAUCUAACCUUGAUGGCCCUGGGAUCUUCUGCUCCUGAGAUUCUCCUUUCAGUCAUUGAAGUGUGUGGCCAUAAUUUCACUGCAGGGGACCUGGGUCCUAGCACCAUCGUAGGAAGUGCUGCAUUCAAUAUGUUCAUCAUUAUCGCCCUCUGCGUUUAUGUGGUCCCUGAUGGAGAGACGAGGAAGAUUAAGCAUUUGCGUGUGUUCUUUGUGACAGCAGCCUGGAGCAUCUUUGCCUAUACCUGGCUUUACAUUAUUUUGUCUGUCAUCUCUCCUGGAGUUGUGGAAGUCUGGGAAGGCUUGCUUACUUUCUUCUUUUUCCCCAUUUGUGUGGUAUUUGCUUGGGUGGCAGAUAGGAGGCUUCUGUUUUACAAGUAUGUCUACAAGAGGUAUCGGGCUGGCAAGCAGAGGGGGAUGAUUAUUGAACAUGAAGGAGACAGGCCACCUUCCAAGACCGAAAUUGAAAUGGAUGGGAAAGUGGUCAAUUCUCAUGUUGACAAUUUCUUGGAUGGCGCUCUGGUGCUGGAGGUUGAUGAGAGGGACCAAGAUGAUGAAGAGGCUAGGCGAGAAAUGGCUAGGAUCCUGAAGGAACUCAAGCAGAAGCAUCCGGACAAAGAAAUAGAGCAAUUAAUAGAAUUAGCUAACUACCAAGUCCUAAGUCAGCAACAAAAGAGUCGAGCAUUUUACCGCAUUCAGGCUACUCGCUUGAUGACGGGAGCUGGCAACAUUUUAAAGAGGCAUGCAGCUGACCAAGCAAGGAAGGCUGUCAGCAUGCACGAGGUCAACACUGAGGUUGCAGAAAAUGAUCCAGUUAGUAAGAUCUUCUUUGAGCAAGGGACAUAUCAGUGUCUAGAGAACUGUGGGACCGUGGCCCUGACCAUAAUCCGCCGAGGUGGCGAUUUGACCAACACUGUGUUUGUUGACUUCAGAACAGAGGAUGGCACAGCCAAUGCUGGGUCUGAUUAUGAAUUUACUGAAGGAACUGUAGUCUUUAAGCCCGGUGAGACCCAGAAGGAGGUCAGAGUUGGCAUCAUCGAUGAUGAUAUCUUUGAGGAGGACGAAAAUUUCCUUGUGCAUCUCAGCAAUGUCAAAGUGUCUUCUGAAGCUUCGGAAGAUGGCAUACUGGAAGCCAAUCAUGUCUCCGCACUUGCUUGCCUCGGAUCUCCCUCUACUGCCACCGUGACGAUUUUUGAUGAUGACCACGCAGGCAUCUUUACUUUUGAGGAACCUGUGACUCAUGUGAGCGAGAGUAUUGGCAUCAUGGAGGUGAAAGUAUUGAGAACAUCCGGAGCACGAGGAAAUGUCAUCGUUCCCUAUAAAACCAUUGAAGGGACUGCCAGAGGUGGAGGAGAAGACUUUGAGGACACUUGUGGAGAGCUCGAAUUCCAGAAUGAUGAAAUUGUCAAAACAAUAUCAGUCAAGGUAAUUGAUGAUGAGGAGUAUGAGAAAAACAAGACCUUCUUCCUUGAGAUUGGAGAACCCCGCCUGGUGGAGAUGAGUGAGAAGAAAGCCCUGUUAUUGAAUGAGCUUGGUGCCUUCACAAUAACAGGAAAAUACCUGUAUGGCCAACCUGUCUUCAGGAAAGUUCAUGCUAGAGAGCAUCCGAUUCCCUCUACUGUAAUCAACAUUGCAGAGGAAUGUGAUGACAAGCAGCCGUUGACCAGCAAAGAGGAAGAAGAGAGGCGUAUUGCGGAAAUGGGGCGCCCCAUCCUGGGAGAGCACACCAAGCUGGAAGUGAUCAUUGAGGAAUCCUAUGAGUUCAAGAGUACUGUGGACAAACUCAUUAAGAAGACAAACCUAGCCCUCGUGGUUGGGACCAACAGCUGGAGAGAGCAGUUCAUUGAAGCGAUCACUGUCAGCGCUGGGGAAGAUGAUGACGACGAUGAAUGCGGGGAGGAGAAGCUGCCCUCCUGUUUCGAUUAUGUGAUGCACUUUCUGACUGUGUUCUGGAAGGUCCUCUUUGCCUUCGUCCCCCCGACAGAAUACUGGAAUGGCUGGGCAUGUUUCAUUGUAUCCAUCCUCAUGAUUGGCCUACUGACAGCUUUCAUCGGAGACCUGGCUUCCCACUUCGGCUGCACCAUUGGCCUGAAAGAUUCCGUGACUGCGGUGGUGUUUGUUGCACUUGGAACUUCAGUGCCAGACACGUUCGCAAGCAAAGUGGCAGCCACCCAGGACCAGUAUGCAGAUGCGUCCAUAGGUAACGUCACUGGCAGCAACGCGGUGAAUGUCUUCCUGGGAAUCGGCGUGGCCUGGUCCAUCGCUGCCAUCUACCACGCAGCCAAUGGGGAACAGUUCAAAGUGUCCCCUGGCACGCUAGCUUUCUCUGUCACUCUCUUCACCAUUUUUGCUUUCAUCAAUGUGGGGGUGCUGCUGUAUCGGCGGAGGCCAGAAAUCGGAGGUGAGCUGGGUGGGCCCCGGACUGCCAAGCUCCUCACAUCCUGCCUCUUUGUGCUCCUGUGGCUCUUGUACAUUUUCUUCUCCUCCCUGGAGGCCUACUGCCACAUAAAAGGCUUCUGAAGGAACAAUCAGCUAUAGUAAAUUUAUAUAUAUAUAUACAUAUAUAUACAUAAAGACUUAUGUAUAACGGACAGAGGAAACUGACAUUUGUCAUGUUCACUUACCUACUGAUGGAAUCCAGCUUCAAGAGCAUACUCUGUGCUAGGGCCAAAGUAAGAAACCAUCACCUCCCAGUCCCAGGGUUGUCCUCAUGUUGAACAAGGCACGGAGGCAGGGCCAUCUUUGCAGCUCCGCCUAGAAGGGUUGUACUGUCUCCAGGUUGACCAAACGUUCAGGCUUUGAUUGUUCUCUAGUUCUUGCUUUUGUUUUUGGUGGGGUUAAGGAGGUGGUUGGUAUUUGGCUUUUGUUUUGUUUUAUUUUGUUUUGUUUUGUGGGGAGGGUCAGGGUUUCUGCUUCUCUUUGUGGGAGGUGACAACCAAUCCAAAUGCAAAUGGGUUUUUGGCAAAAAAAAAAAAAAAUGUAAAUCAUUAAGAUUCCCCUCUCCUCCCCCAACUUAAAAAAAAAUGAUUUGGGGUUAAGAAAGGAUCUGGGCUUGGAAGAAGGAAAAAGCAUGUCUUUACUAUAUUACCAAAUUUCAUGCUUAUCUCUGGAAUUGGAACAGAGGUGAAUCUGCCUCCAGGAAGCAGCACAGGAGCUCAGAUGGAGCCAGGAAAAGUGAUGGUUCUAGAUACAGUCUGAAGUUUAAAGAUAUGGUACCUGGGACUCUUGUUCAACAGGUACAGGGAUCACGUGCCUAGAUUCCCAGGAACAUGCAAAAUCCUUUAUUUCUUACUUUUUUAGCUCUGGGCUGUGAUUAGCAAGGCCCUUACUCUUUUUUUUUUUUUUUUUUUUUUUUACUCUGGGGAUCCAGCCCGGAAGCCCCUCUUAGAUCUCCUUUCCCAACCCUCCUCCUCUUCCCCACCAACCCCAACACAAACCGGAAGUCUAACCCCGUUCAAAGAGCACAUUGUCCUUUCCAUUCGCAUCAAUAUGUGUCCCAGUCCCAUGUUGCUGUGGCCUGGGAUGGUCUGUCAGUUUUCUUUUCAAUCCUGUUCCAGUCCUGACUUGAACAUUUGCUUCUUCUUCCUUCGUGUGCCUGUUUGGGAAUGUUGUUGUGAUACUUGUUACACAGUGCAUGGACGAAAAACAAAACAAAGCAUAUCUGUAGAUAGUAGAGUAGAGCAUAUACUGUUCUCCCCUUCCGCAACGUUGAUUGGACAUUGAAGACAUCAGUGAGUUUUCUUUGCACCUGAGUUGUUACUUUUUGUGUUGUUGUUGAGUUGCAUUAUUACUAAGGACAAAAGGAGAAAAUGGCUUCUAUUCAUGGAUCUGCACAUUCGUUUCUAAGAAGCAAUAACUGUCAUGUGGGAAGUUAAAGUCACUGAGAGGACAGCAGGCAAACUACAGAGUAUCUUCAUGGAAAAUUAGCCAUAUGGAACACAUCAGAGGCCUCUAACAGUCACCGGCAAUUCAGGAAGGCCAAGGAGAAAGGCGUUAUAGAGAAGUGGAUGAGUUAGACGUGCCUGGGCUUUGAGAGCCUCCAUUCCACGGCACCGCUUCCCCCAAAGUAUUUAUUUCACAUCUGCUCUGUCUGGCACAGAUGGUAGAUAGUGCUGGUUUGUUCAUUUUAUUUUUUUAUGUAAAAGGCUAUUUUGAGCCCUGUUUUUUUCACCGUGCAGACCCCUCUGCUUGUAUCUGCAGUUCCUCAGUAGGAAAGAAGUCAGGGUGACCCAUGGGCCUUGCAGUGUGUCUCCUCUACAUAUGACUAAAAACAGAGCAGCAAUUAGGUGAGAAGAUUCCUGCCUCCCAGGAGCAUUGCACUGGGAGGUUUUAAACCCUUAAAUAGAAAAGGAAUGGCUCUUUCUAUUUCAGAAUACCAAAGCAUAAUAACUCAGAGUUUCAAAGUAGUGAGUCCAUCAAUGAGGACAAAUGGGGAUGACUUUGGCCACCUCUCAAUGGCUUCUCUGCCUACUGGGAGCCCCAGGCCAGAAACUCCCCUAGCCCUUUGUUUUGAUUUAAAGACACUUAAGAAAUGAAAGCUGUUGAAACUUAACCUUCUCUUCUUCCUCCCAGUUAUUCAAUUAAUAAACAUUCAAUAGUUGAAUAGAUAAAACCCUUAAAUGCUUGUUAUCCACACAAGUGCCAGGUACUAUGCCACCUCUUGGGAACUUAACUAGAAACCAGACAGUCCAUAUACCUGCCCUCAAAGGGUUUAGAGUUAUUGUGACUGCUAUUUCCAUAAGUAAAUGUUAACAUGGCCGUAUGGAAACCGCUUCAUCUUACAAGAAAAAACACAAUUAGGAAACUCUUUUAACAUAAACACAUUGAAAUUAUAUAAAUUCAAUUGUCCAAAUGUCUCGAAUAUUGGGAUUCUUUAACUAAGAGAGCCUAAAGCAUAGGUUUAGAAGAGAACAAAAUUUAUCCUGGGUCAAUCUUGCCCAAUUUUAAACCAAGAACAGAUCAGUGAGCGGUCUCACUUAGUCCCAGGUUUUAUCUUUGUUGGGCAACAGUACUUUACUGUGCCCCUCCCCACCUUUGUAACUCCUCAUCUCUGCCCAACACCCAUACCUGACCUGCCAUGGUCUAACACUGGUGGCCUAACUCCUUUGGGGGCACCUUCUAGCCCAUCCUUUUUUUUUUUUUUUUUGAGAUUUACCUAAUGGGAAGCUAGGCUAGAAACACCAAGUAAA